ACCGAAAAAUGCCCCAGGACCUGAAACUGUGCUAGUGCAUUAGCCUGCAAAGAACUUUAAGAAGGUUUCUUGAGCGUCUUUUUGAUUGUAAGAAUGCCAGAAGAAUGCCUUGCAAGAUUACAUGAGGAUGGUACCAGUCAUAAUGAGCGAGACUGAUACAGACGUUAACAGUAAUAUAAGGAUUUGAUUUACUCCAAUCAAUGCUGGCACUGGUUCAAAUCAGCGCCUACGAUGGUAGCGCCCAUUCCCCGUAGAUUGUGUACAAUCAUUUUCAUGCUCCUCUCCUCGAUUGUUGGACUGUUACAUUAUGUCCCCUUCGGGGUGACAUACGAAAAAAUUGGAACGAUACAGAGAAGAUUAGCAUGGCCCCUGCACAAGGAUGACACGCUUUCCCGGAGUGGUAGAUCUACGGAUCUCAAUAUUUAUUUUGUUUACGGUUUGGAAGAGUUUUGGACCUUUUACGCAGAACUCAAAUAUUUCCCACGGUCUUCGACGCCUUUCUCUCCACCCCCCUUACGCAGAAGUGAUUCUCAGAGCUUCAAAAGCCUCUCUUAUGGUACUGCACCAUGUUCUGAGAAUGUGUACAAAUUUUGAGAUCUAACGGUUCAGUUAUCAACACCUUGGGAAAUUGGGAUGUGACUUGAUCAUGACGCGGACCUCCCGUCCUCGUCCGAACCACACUCUGAGUUGAU